CUCCUCCUCCCCCCUCUUCCCCCCCUCCCGCGCGCCGCUGUGCUGGACGUCAUGAGCAUAGUAAUCGCACUGGGAGUCACCACACCUGAAACGUCUUACUCAGAUAUGGCUGCUGGAUCAGACCCUGAGUCAGUUGAAGCAAGCCCUGCCGUAAAUGAGAAAAACUACAACCACAGCUGUGGGAGCGCACAGAGUCAUGGGUAUCGGGGAUUACCAUAUGCUAUGCAACAGUCUUCCGUUGUGUGUUGUCAGGAUCACAACUAUGGCGCACCCCCUCCCCCCACCCCACCCGCCUCCCCGCUCUCCCAAACCAUCAUUCCUCGCAUGGAUCUCAACGGCGUGGUACUCGGCUCCCGCUAUCACGACACUACUGAGGAAAACUCAGCUGACAGCGACAGCUCCUCAGAGGAGGACGGCGCCAUGGCCAGCUGGUGUCACUGCACCCUGACGCCGGAUGGCUUGCUCAUUAAAUGUGACAACUGCAGGGGACUUGACAGGAGGAAAGGAGUAGAAGGCCAACACAGGAAGACAGAAAAUGUGUCUGCUGGAGAAAGCAGUGCUACAGAUAGUGGUGAUGAAGAAGUGUCGCCCUCAACCAUCUCCUACACCGCCACCCAGCAUACACCCACCAGCAUCAAACUCACUGUAAACCGGGUCAAAAGGAGCAAAUCCAAAAAGAGGAAGAAGAGCACAGAGAAGGCCCGUGGAACACCUAAAGGCAAGAAAGUCAAGGCUUUCAGAGAGGGUUCUAGGAAGUCCAUGAGAAUGAAGAACUCAACAAUGGAGGCAAGCGUGCUGGAUGAGAAUACAACUGAGGGGUGGGAGAGCAGGAUCCGCCAGUGGACAGACCAAUAUGAGGAGGCUCUGGCGAACCAGUACAGCGCUGAUGUCCAGACACUGCUGCAGCUUCAUCGUACUGCCAGCAACCCAACCUCAAAGACUGAGAGCAGCACAACAACGCCUCCCUCCACCACGCUGAUUAACACCUCAGUCUACUCAAUGGACACCAUCAACCGCACUGAGCUGGCCUGUAACAACACAGUGCUGGGCUCACAGAUGCAGCUCCAGCUGGGGCGGGUAACACGGGUGCAGAAACACAGGAAGAUCCUCAGAGCAGCCAAGAACCUGGAACCAGACACACUCAUCAUUGAAUAUCGGGGAAAGGUCAUGCUUAAACAACAGUUUGAAGUCAACGGGCACUUCUUCAAAAAACCCUACCCUUUUGUGCUGUUUUACUCAAAAUUUAAUGAUGUAGAGAUGUGUGUAGAUGCACGGACCUUUGGAAAUGACGCACGCUUCAUCAGGAGAUCCUGUACACCCAACGCUGAGGUCCGGCAUAUGAUUGCUGAGGGUAUGAUCCAUCUGUGUAUCUAUGCUGUCAGUCAAAUCACCAAGGAUGCUGAGGUCACCAUUGGAUUUGACUUUGAGUUCAGUAGCUGUAAUUACAAAGUGGACUGUGCCUGCCAUAAGGGCAACCAGAACUGCCCGGUGCAGAAGCACAACCUGAGCCCCAGAGAGAGCUUCCUGAGUCCACCGUCCCUGCUGCCUCCCUCUCUUCUGGUUGGUGCUGAGACUCGACGGAGAAAAGCUCGGAGGAGGGAAAUGGAAGGCUGCCUGGCCGGUGAAAGCAACCAGACUGUCGACGAGCACCAGGAUGCCAAAGAACUACAGGGAACAAGUGACACAGAGGAGAGACUGCUGGAUGAGGUGAAGGUGGAAGAGGGAGAGGAUGGAGAGGUGGAUGAAAAUGGGGUCACCAUCUCCAGUAAAAGAACAUUUAACAGCCUGGAACGGAGGCGGAAGAGACUGGGAGGAGCAGAGAUAAAGGAGGAAGGUGUGGAAACUGAGGACGGGGCAGGAAACCCUGCAGGGAACACCCCAAUACCCCACAACACAGGAGUUGGGAUCAGCACACGACGUACCACCUAUGUCAUGGAACUGUCAUCUAUUGAAGAAAAGACCUCAUUACCCUACCUGACUACCCCAGUUGCUCCCCCUAAACCUGCGCGACCUACGAAGCCUCGGCCCAAAAGUCGGAUCUCUCGCUACCGGUCAAGCUCAUCGCAGCGGGCCCGACGUCAGCGUCAAGCCCUCGCCCAGCAGGCGGCAGCAGCUGCUGCAGCUGCAGCAUUGGCAGCAAUGCCAUCAUCAGUUGAGCAAGGGACUGCUCUGGACGAAGAGGGAUCUCAGGGUCCAUAUGGUGCUGAACAUGGCCAUGGAGAGAGUGGUCUGGGGGUUCAUCUCCUAGAUGGAGAUGGCCAGGGUCUAAACCUCAUAAAUAGAAGCAACUUGCGCUACCCAAAGACCAAGAAGUACCUUGUGACAGAAUGGCUGAAUGACAAGAUCCCUGGAGGAGAGAGGGUCCACCAAGAGGUGCCUGUUGAGCGCCCACUGCGGAUAACCACUGACCCCACUGUGCUGGCCACCACCCUCAACAUGCUGCCAGGCCUCUCCCACUCAUCGCUCAUUUGCACCACACCCAGACACUACGUACGGUUUGGCUCCCCCUUCAAUCCAGAGAGACGCAGGCCCCGCCCACUCCAAAUGGAUGGCACUUAUGGCUGCUACAAAAAGAGAUGGAUAAAACAGGUGGAGGAUGAGAGCUGUUCAGCCAGUAUCGAGGACGGUACAGAGUCCACCUCCUCCCAGCAAAGUACCAGUAGCAGAUCCACCCCCAACCCCCUGUCCAGUGAACUCAAUGCCCCAUUUAAAAAGCGCCACUCCAAGUAUAUGGCAGAGAUGACACCAGCACCCCCAAACCACCUGCUUCGCCCACUGUCACCCAUCACACCACCACUCCCAGAGGACUCCCUUCACCCGCUGCUCCACACCCCCUGUGGCUCCCUGCUGCCGAAUGGCCUGGCCUACUCACCCAUGCUCUCACUGCCCGCCAGUCGCUGCAACACACCGUUGCAAUUUGAAAACAUAUCAUCCCCUGAGGCAUCUCCUGUUCACCGGCCAGAGUCCAUCUCACCUGAGCCAUGUCUUCAGACAGACUUUGAAGUCCCUCGGCCUCAGUUCCCAGACCUGUCACUCCCAUCCAGCUUGGAGAGCCCAGUGGCCAUAACAUCAGAUGAUUUUUCCCUUCCUGGAGGACCCCCAGUCCCAGAUUCCCAGGGUCCAUCAUCUGUGGGUGCCAGUUCCCUAAACCCAGUGUCCUGUCCUUCGUCAGACCUAAUCCCCCAAAACAGGGAGCAGGCCUUCAGGACAGAGUUCAAUCUCAUAUACACCUGCUCUCCCCUCAAUGCAAACUUGGGGAACCCCGUGGCCACCGACUGCCGCCAAUCCCAGUCAGAAGGAGGCUUCUCCCCUGCAGAGUCCUUCCACAGUUCCAUAAGUGGCCAGGGGAUGAUGGGAGAUGUGGGCCCCGGCUCCAUGUCACCCUAUGGUGAGCCUCAUUAUGGGGGAGGCUACCCAGACAGUGGCACACCUCCUCACACCAGCAACCCACCACAAAAGAGGAAGAGGGCCAACCAGCAUACCAUUAGUCUGCUGACAGGGAAGCCAGAUUACCAGGCUAUAGCUGUAAGAAGUGAAUACAAGCCAAUUCAAAAUAUGGUGUCUUUGCUGGAGUACCGUAAAAGGAAGCAGAGCAGCGGUCGAGAAUCAGAGCCCGCCGGCAGUAGCUCCUCUUUGGGCGGCACCCCCACCCGGCCUGGCUCUCACUACAGCCAGGACUCCCAUCAUCCCCAUUCUCAUCAGCAGAUGCAGCCCCCGGCCUCCCCGCACAGCUCCUUCUCUUCCUCAGUACACCCCAACCCUAUCCCACAGAUAGAGGAGGUCAGUCCUCCUGACCACCAGGCCCUGUCAGUGCAGUCCAGACACCAGGACAACAACAAUCAGUGGAUGGUUCCCACUACUGUUGAACGUCUAAGGGAAGGCCAGGGUGUUCUGGAGCGAGUGCUAAGAAGCAUCAAGAUGGAGCGGAAUUACAAGAGGAGUGAUGACAAUAUAGAGAAGGAUUUUGAUGUGGAUCGAUAUGAGAUGCAGGCCGCGUCCAUGGUUUCUCCCAUGAAGAGUCCACACAGAUACAGUCCCUCUGUGUAUUUACAUCAGUCAUCAGAAAGCCACCGGCAGACCGACAGCCCGUCGUUCCGCCAGCAAACCUCCAAUUCUCCAUUCCGGGGUUCUUACAGUCCCUCAUCAGGCCAGAAUUUCUACGCACGCCACUCCUCCCACCCAGGACUGUCCUAUGAACACCCUCCAUCCUCCUACCCCAGUCACUCCCCCACCCUCACCCCCACCUCGUCCUCAGACUCCAGGCCGCCAGCAGGGUCUCUACACCAGCAGAGUGGCAGCAGUAAUGUGGACAGAGGCCACAGCUACAGCAGCAGCCACUUAAAAGCAAGCCUUUUGAACAGCAGCGGCCUGGCAGGGGUUCCUCCCCCUGGAUCCAGGACCCACAGCCAGACUAAAAUAGAAGCGAGUGCUCUGGCCUCCAGAGGGAGUCAGCAGCAGGUGUCUCGCAGCCUGAAGUCAGGCAGCCCAGGCCAGGCAACACUGCAGGCCAGCUCCAGAAUGCUGUCAGCCUCUGGACCGACACACUACCCACAGAGAGGGGCAAGCCUCAGCCAGUUCCAGCACUCCCCCCUCCAGGGACCCGGAGUAAGGACACAGUCAGGAAGCUUUUAGGACCUUGUUCAAGUGUGUGUGUGUGUGUGUGUGUGUGUGUGUGUGUGUGUGUGUGUGUGUGUGUGUGUGUGUGUGUGUGCGCGUGUGUGAGUGUGUACGAAGCUGCGCACCCCCUCAACCCCUAAAGCUGUCGUGAAAUGGGGCUCAGGGAGUUUGAGGAGGGUAAAUGUACAGACCUUAAAGGAGCAAGGACUUCUUUAUGGAUUUCUCCUUUUCUUAUUUUCUUUCUUUCCUUUCUUUAUUUUCAGGAAAAAAACAAAACAAAUGAACACAUUCUGCACAAAGCUAAUCAUUGACUUUGGACAUCAUUAUGGAAUCAGUGGAAAAAGCGAUUUGGAUGACACACUCACAAAAAAAACAAGAAAUCACAUGUAACUUGAAAUUGUCCCCAGUGUUUCCUGAUAGUGCCGUUUCCUGACUGUGCAGACAAGAUCUAUAAUGACAGAAAGUAAAAACUUCCAUACAAAUGUCUGUACAAAGUUAUAAAAAGCUGUACCUGUUGUCAUGGUACCCAGGUUGGAUAAAUGCUGAGAUGCAUAUAUAUAUAUAUAUAUAUAUAUAUAUAUAUAUAUAUAUAUAUAAUAUGAGUCUUUGCUGCAGUAAAUGUGUGUUUGAUUUGGAAAGGUGGAAAUAACGCAAGCAAAGGCAACGUGUUAAUUAUCCGUUCUAAAGAUACAUUAGAGAGGAGGAGGCUUUUCCCUUCAUAGGGUCAUUCCAUAUGAUUACCAGCUUCCAUGGUGUCUCACUAAACAUGAAAACAGCCCUUUUUUCCUCAAGGUUGUCUGUCUGUUCUAAUGUUCUGUUAUUUUAGGUUCUCUUCUGUUCUCUCAUCCCCACUGGACUGUUUUUGAUUUCACUUUAGGACUACUUCACUGUAGAAUUCUGAUAUUGUACUUGAGACAUACAAGUCUUACGAUUCAUGGUGCUGCAUUCUUCUUUUUUCCAAUAAAUUUGAAAUCCAGUUAUGUUCCCCACAUAUGGCUGCAUUGUUCUUGUCACUAUAUCAGUUAAGAUCUGUUUUAUUUUUCUCCAAAUGUAUACUGAUCACAUGGUGUAGUGAUGGAAUGUAGGAAAACGAGUGAAUUAUUCAACUUUUUUCCACAAUAAAAUUUUAGGUUUGA